AUGUCCUAAGAUGAAACUUUCAGCUUUCAAUGAGGAACAUAAUGCUGCUAAUCGACAUACCAGCCCUGCUCUAAUAACCUUAACUGAAGGACAUUUAUGCUGACCUGGUUAUAGUUGGUCAAAAUCUCAAAUUUUGCUCUGAAGCAUUUCUUAGUUGUGUUUAUAUCUUCCAAAAAUAAGUUGCGAGCAUUGAUCCGCAGGGGGGCCAUCCAUGUUCUCCGUGUGCAGGAGUCCUCCAGUGUCGCUUUGAAAUCUUGGUGCCCGUGGCUGUCAUCUUUUCUCCCACAGAGCUGGGGAAGCACAGGGCGUCAGAAAUAGCAUUCUGCCACGUAGCUUAAGGCUCCUCUGUGCUUCUCCGUCGUGGGGGUGCGCCGACUUAGGGCUUUUCGUUUGGUUUCAGGUGAUGUCAAUGUUUGCAUAACAACACAAGGGAUGGGGAUGUGCCUAGAUAGUGUUUCUAUCCUGAUACCAGUGGAAGAACAUUGGUUUUGACGUGAUGAUAUCCAGUGUAGCCGAACACAGUGUAUGUUUUUCACAUGUAUAAGCACAAAUGUGGAGCUGCGGCAAUGUUUGGAUUAUGAAAUGAGAGGAUUACUCUAAGCUCAGAAGAGACAAAUCAGCCUUUUCCAGCUUUAUAAUACGCUCCGUCAUCCUUCUUUGUGCCCCACUUGUAAUGAAUAGUAUGUUCCUUCACUUUGUGUUUGUUCCACGUGGCUGUUUGUAGGUGUUUCUAUUGCAGCAUUUGUUUCCCUGGAGAAUGAGUGGCAUGGCUGUGUAAUUCAUCGUUUAAAACACCCUUUGAUAUGAGUCUUUAUGUUGUGGUUAACAGUAUCAGCUAUACACAUAAUAGAGAGCAGAGUCCCCUUGGUUGCCGAGAUUUGAUGAUCAGGGGUUCUGUUCUCAGUGGAUCCAUGAAUUGGACACAUUAGCAUCACGUUACACACAUUGAACUGGGGUUUAUUUUUUUUUUAUCGUUUUUUUUUAGACCCUCACCUGGAGGUAGCUCUAAAAUGCAUUAAUUUUUCAGAACACUUUAUUCACGGCAGGGUCAUUGUGAGCCUCAAGCCUAUCCCAGUAAGUACAGCGCAGAAAGGCAGGGGACACCCUGGACAAGAUGCCCAUGUCAGGGUGCACAGUCUCACAUACUCACGCUGUAAGGGAGAUUUUGAGAUACCAGUUGACCUCAUGUUUUUGGACUAUGGCAGUAUGCCAGAGUACCCAGAGGAAAUGUGGGGAGACUGUGUAGAUCCCACGCACACAGCAGGAGGGGGAUCAGACCCCCAGCCCUGGAGGGAUGAGGCCACAGUUCCGCCCAGUGAGUCACCCCGGAGCACUAAAAUGGGGAAUAUAAAUGGAAAAAAAUGCCAGUGGGUUUUUGAAUCUGAAAGACUGGACUGUCGUCUUUCAGGUUGAUCUAGGGACCAGAUCCGGUUCGCUGUUUUGGGGUACAGCAUUACAAUUUAUUUUUUUGGAUCCAGUGCCUUUUUUUAGUCCCUUUCCGCAACCUUGCCAUUUAUUUUCUGGCCUCAUGUUCCAUCAUCUGCUUUUCACUUCCUGUUUUUUUUUCUCACACCAACGUCACAAACAUGGUGGCUUAGAUCAGGGGUGGCCAAUCUUAUCCACAAAGGGCCGGUCUGUAUGCAGGUUUUUGCGAUAACCUGUAGAUCAGCUGUUCAAACCCAGGUGUGAGGACUCUUCAGCCAAUCAGUCCUCUAAUUAGUAAUUAGUUGCAGCAAAAACCAGCAUACACUCCGACCCUUUGCGGAUAAGAUUGGCCACCCCUGGCUUAGCUAGUGGCUUUAAAGCUUUAUAGAAAAAAGAAAUGCUAACUGGAGGACAUGUGUAACCUAAUUGCCCCGCUGUGUGGUGCGUGUGUCUCAUCUUCUCGAAAUGGCCACCCUCCCAAAAUGCUUUCUCCCUCCUGUGUCAUCCAGCUCCCGGUCCUGUUCGGAACGAUCUGAUUCGCUUUGCUUCUUCUCCAAGUUUGAGAGUGGUAAUCUACGCAAGGCCAUUCAGGUCCGCAGCCACGAGUAUGACCUCAUUCUGAAUGCAGACGCCAAUUGCUCUCAGCACCACCAGUGGUUCUACUUUGAGGUCAGUGGGAUGGAGGCUGACGUUCCAUAUCGCUUCAACAUCAUCAACUGUGAGAAAGCCAACAGCCAGUUCAACUACGGCAUGCAGCCUGUUCUGUUUUCUGUGCGCGAGGCGCUGGAGGGACGGCCACACUGGGUGCGUGUCGGGAGCAACAUCUGCUACUACAGGAACCAUUUCUGCCCAGUUAGACCCCAGAAGUGCAACAGAUACUACACCUUGACCUUUACCGUGACCUUCCAGCAUGGUGAAGACGUCUGCUACCUGGCUUAUCAUUAUCCCUAUACCUACUCUGCACUUCAGGUGACCUGCUGCUUGUUAUGUUCUCUUGUGUUCUUCUGCCUUGUUUUUACCAUGCCAAAGAUUCCGGGGGCCACGUGUAGGCAAAGCCCUGCUUGUUUUGAGUGGGUGUGUAAAUCGAAGGAUGAAUGUUUCUGAAUGUGAUCAUUUGAUAUUUUGUUCCUGAUAGCAGGAAUAUUUGUGAGGAAAACGUGUAUAUUUAUAAUACUAUUUCUGUUUCUAUGUAUAUCAUGUAUGUUAUGUAUAUU